GAAGGGGGUUUUUUGUACUUUGCCUCAAAAUAAAUUAUCAAUUUUUUUUCAUUUUCUUCCAUCCAACCUAGCAAAAAGAGAGAAACGCUUGGAUGUCUCAGUUAUUCUUUCUUUUCUUCUUUCCAUUCAAAUUUUUUUUUUAGGUGAUAAAUUUUCUGUAUUUAAUUACCAUUAAUGCACUCAAUUUUUAAUGUGAAAUGACACUAUUACAAGAAUCCAAAUUAAAACACUCAUUCGCUCUUCCUCUGUCCCUCUCUCUCUCUCAUAGUAUAUAUAUUUAUGUGUAUUUUCAACCCAUCUUUUGCUGCACAUCAGAAUCACAUAACUGAAUGUGAGUUCUUGUAAUACUCUCUCGGUCUGUACAUCUAUAUAUAUAUAUAUAUAUAAAUUAUGGGUGGUGUUUUGAAUGGCUGGUCUGCACUUGUAAUGGUGCUAGUAGUCUGUGUCCUGAUGAACCAAACACAUGGAGAGUAUUUGAAUAGUAUAAGUAGAUUUGGAAGCAAUUUGGGGUGUGAUGUUUUCCAAGGGAGAUGGGUGUUUGAUGAUUCUUAUCCUCUCUACGACGCAAAAAACUGUCCGUUCAUAGAGAAGCAGUUCGAUUGCCAAAGGAACGGUCGACCAGACAAAGACUACCUCAAAUACAGGUGGCAGCCCACUGGAUGCGAUUUACCAAGGUUCGACGGUCGAGAUUUGUUGAUGAGAUUAAGAGGAAAACGCAUCUUGUUUGUAGGAGAUUCUUUGAGCCUCAACCAGUGGCAGUCACUCACGUGUAUGCUUCACACAGCAGUACCACAGGCUCAGCACGUCUCCAGCACGGUUGCCGGUCUCUCCACCUUCACAUUCCCGAUUUACAAUGUUUCAAUCAUGUUUUACCGCGACGCAUUUCUUGUUGAUAUUGUGAAUGAAAAUGGCGAAAGGGUUCUGAAGCUUGGCUCAAUGGAGAGCAGCAAAAUGUGGAAAGGAGUUGAUACAUUGAUCUUCAAUACAUGGCACUGGUGGCUUCACAUAGGAAGGAAACAACCAUGGGAUUUGAUUGAAGAAGGGAAUGCAACAUACAAAGACAUGAAUCGCUUGAUUGCCUAUAAAAAAGCAUUGACAACAUGGGCCAAAUUGGUAGACACCUUGGUAGAUCCUGCAAAAACCAAAGUCUUCUUCCAAGGCGUUUCCCCUGACCAUGCCAAUGCAAGUGACUGGGGUCAGCCCAAUGCGAAGAACUGUGGUGGGCAAACGCAGCCGCUGCACGGCCCAAAGUAUCCCGGAGGUCCACAUCCAGCAGAAGUGGUGCUAGAGGAAGUAUUGCAUGGCAUGUCCAACCCGGUGUAUCUACUCGACAUAACCGCCCUUUCGCAGCUGAGAAAAGAUGGGCACCCCUCUGUCUACGGCCAUGGAGGGCACAACGAUAUGGACUGUAGCCACUGGUGUCUGGCUGGUGUCCCGGAUACCUGGAAUCAACUCUUAUAUGCAGCUCUCAUUCAUAACUCCUGAAUCAUUUUUCACAUUAUAUUCCAAAUGGAACAAAUGUUCUCAUUUGGGUGAUCAUUUUAUGUGAAGAAAUUAAUAGAGGCUAUAUUUGAUAAUUAUUUUUGGAAUGCUAAAAAACUAAUGGCAUUAGUCCAACCGUGUUUCACAUUAUAUAUAUAUCAAAUGGAACAACUGUUCUCAUUUGGUGAUUAUUUUAAGCAAAUAAAUUAAUAAAAUUUAUUUUUGAUA